CUGUGUCACUUCUCAUUUUUACAAGUCAUUUCUGUUUUUAUUUCUCAGUUAAGUGUGAGAUUUUUUUCCAAUGACAAACAAUCAGAGAUAUAUUAAUGAAAGGAAGAGGAGCCACAAACAACUCUGACAUCAACAUGAACUUUGGUUUCUUCUUCACCAUGGCAUUUCUUGUUCUGGGCUUAGUCAGAGGAUGUAUGGUAGAUGUCCAACAGCCAACGAAGCUCAUGAGAAAAAAAGAGCAACAGUCUGUCUCUAUCCCCUGCUCUGUCAAUGUAUCCAGCUGUCAACACACACCUCAGAUCUCUUGGUAUGUGUUCCGGAAAGACUAUCACUACCAGAUUGAUGUGUCAAGCCAGCCACUGAAAUACAAACUGGAUCAUCAUGAUCUGGAAAUCAGCUCUUUGUCCAAAACAGACUGUGGGGUGUAUUACUGUGCAGCGGCUCUGCUGACUGUGGCUCACAGUGGGGCGCAAGCAAUCGGACAGGGAACCACUUUAAAAGUGUCAGAGAGGGGUUUAAAUGUCCGUCAAGCGCUGCUUUUGACACUGCUAAUCCUGCUGACAGUGUACAGCCUCCUCGUCCUGGGCAUCAUCAUCUGCAUUAAGACUGGACGAUUCAAAUCAGUCUUUAAAAGAAGAUGGUGUAAAAAUGAGAACAAGGAGGACUCUGCUAGGCAAGUAGUGCUUUUCAGUGGAGUGGUGCAAGAACUGUGCAAGAGGAACUUAAGUGGUGACAAAAUUCAGGCACGCUACAAAGUUUCCCAAGACAAGUCUAAAGGUCUUCAAAAUGUGUACCAUAGUGAAGAUGUUUACCAAAAUCUUGAUGAGUAAAGGAAAUCAAAUGCUCUAAUCCUGCUGAUCUAAAAACCUGCAACUUCCUGCAAAUCUGAAAGCUAAGUUUGGGGAAAGUGGUUGGCUGACCCAGAGUUUUGAUGACCUUUCUCAUUUCAUGUGAUUUCUCAUUUCAUGUGAUCCCUCUUGCUAUGUCAUUACACUGUCAGUUACAUUGUAAACUGUAUUAAAGGGUUAGUUCACCCAAAAA